UGGAUUGACAACUGAAGUUUCAGGUAUUUGGUGAUUUAUUUAGUUUUUGGUUUGGUUUAUGGUGAUGGGUUGAAGAAGAAAUUUGAAACUGGAAAUUUGUGCUUGAGGAGUGGGGAAUUAUGGAGUGGGAUAGUGAUACUGAAGGUAGUGGUGAUGAGGAGGGGUUCUUGUUGAAUGAUGGAGGGCCUUUGUCGUUUAAAUUUGGGAAUUUGCUUCAAACGUCUCCUUGUGGGUUUGUGGUUACGGAUGCUUUGGAGCCUGACCAUCCGAUUAUAUAUGUUAAUACUGGGUUCGAGCUGGCUACUGGUUACAGAGCAGAGGAAGUCCUUGGACGGAAUUGUCGCUUUUUGCAAUGCAGAGGACCAUUUGCUAAAAGGAGGCAUCCGCUGGUGGACUCUACAGUGGUUUCAGAAAUCCGAAGAUGCAUGGAUGACGGGGUUGAGUUCCAGGGUGAUUUGUUGAAUUUUGGAAAAGAUGGCACACCCUUGAUGAACAGAUUGAGGCUGACCCCUAUGUUUGGUGACGAUGAUAUGAUAACUCAUGUUAUUGGCAUCCAGUUCUUCACAGAAGCAAAUCUUGAUCUGGGUCCACUUCCUGGAUUUUCAACAAAAGAAUCAACAAGAUCAUCUGAUCGGUUUCAUUCUGAUCUUUCCUCUUACAGGCAUGUUCCAGCUGGGCAGGGAAAUAUUCCACGUGAUUUUUGUGGCAUAUUUCAACUAAGUGAUGAGGUUAUAUGUCAAAAGAUACUUUCACGGUUAACUCCAAGGGAUAUUGCUUCUGUUGGGUCUGUGUGCAAGCGGCUUUACUAUUUGACAAAGGAUGAGGAUCUAUGGAGAAUGGUUUGCCAAAAUGCAUGGGGCAGCGAAACCACUCGUGUGCUGGAGACGGUGCCUGGGGCUAAAAGAGUGGGAUGGGGUCGAUUGGCCAGGGAACUAACCACUCUUGAAGCUGCUGCAUGGAGGAAGUUGACUGUUGGAGGUUCUGUAGAGCCUUCUCGCUGCAACUUCAGUGCCUGUGCUGUUGGGAAUCGAGUUGUUCUCUUUGGGGGAGAGGGGGUCAAUAUGCAGCCGAUGAAUGACACAUUUGUGUUGGACUUAAAUUCCUCUAAUCCAGAGUGGCGCCAUGUCAAAGUGAGCUCCCCACCCCCUGGCAGAUGGGGUCAUACGCUUUCCUGUGUGAAUGGAUCUCAUUUGGUUGUGUUUGGAGGCUGUGGAAGGCAGGGUUUGCUCAAUGAUGUUUUCGUAUUGGAUUUGGAUGCACAAGAUCCUGCUUGGCGUGAAAUCUUCGGUUUGGCCCCACCACUCCCAAGAUCAUGGCACAGCUCAUGCACCCUUGAUGGAACCAAGUUGAUAGUAUCUGGAGGUUGUGCAGAUUCUGGGGUGCUUCUCAGUGACACUUUCUCGCUCGAUCUGUCAAUGGAGAAACCUGUUUGGAGGGAGAUUCCGGUAGCAUGGACCCCUCCUUCUAGGUUGGGUCAUACACUCUCAGUCUAUGGUGGACGUAAAAUACUCAUGUUUGGUGGUCUGGCAAAGAGUGGGCCACUUCGAUUCCGUUCAAGUGAUGUGUUCACCAUUGAUCUUAGUGAGGAAGAACCAUGUUGGAGAUGUGUAACUGGGAAUGGAAUGCCAGGUGCUGGAAAUCCAGCUGGUACGGCUCCACCUCCUCGGCUUGAUCAUGUUGCUGUGACCCUACCUGGUGGCAGGAUCCUGAUCUUUGGUGGGUCUGUGGCUGGUCUUCAUUCUGCUUCCCAGCUUUAUCUCUUGGACCCGACUGAUGAGAAGCCGACCUGGAGGAUAUUAAAUGUACCUGGACGACCUCCAAGAUUUGCAUGGGGACACAGUACGUGCAUUGUUGGAGGAACGAGAGCUAUAGUUCUUGGAGGGCAAACUGGAGAGGAGUGGAUGCUGAGUGAGCUCCAUGAGCUGUCAUUGGCAAGUAAUGUGAUGUGAUGCAGGAGAAAUAUAAUGGUGAGUUUCAUACACUAGGAAUACUUUUACUUGUUGGAUGAAUAGAAAGAUCUUUCUUUAUCGGUGAAACAACAGAAGAAAUUGAAGUAGCAAAAGAACAGGUUCUUUGUUGGUUGAUUGUUGCUAACAUGCUUAUCUUUGAGUCUGCUGGAACUGACUAUUAUUGCUCUUCAGGACAUUUCUUUUCAUGAUUUGUCUGCGAUGCGUUUUCUCAUACCAGGUCCUCUUCAAGAAUGCUAUGUUUCUGAGCGCCGCUGUUCUCUUGAUCUUUGUGAGGCAUGUAACUGCCAUAUAUUAUAGUAAGCACGUUGCACUGGGAUCCUGUUUA